AAAAUCGACGGCGAUUCUUGAAUAAUCUACAUCAUUUUCAUUUAUAUUGGAACACAAGAUUCCCUUUUCUGUGUAUAUUCAACAAUUGAGUUCUUCCAUAUGCAUGCAAUAACAUGCAUUGUAUAUGUACUUAAAUCUAUCUGUUUUGUAGUCAAAGUUUUGACGGAAAAUUUUCACUAAUUGCUGCCUAAAUUUUUUGAAGGUAAUUACUAAAGAAUAUAAUGGCAUCGAGUGGACUAGCAAAGAUAGAGACACAAAAGAUGAAAGAAGAGAUAUGUCACGACGAUAGUUCAGCUCCAGUGAAAGCUCAGACAGUGGAUGAGUUGCAUUCCUUACAACAGAAGAAGAAAUCAGGACCCAAUACCCCUAUCAAGGGCCAUCAUCAAACAGCCUUUGGGUCUGAAGUUGACAGAAAUAAACAACAGCUCCAAUCCAUCAGUGCAUCAUUGGCAUCGUUGACAAGGGAGACUGGGCCAAAGGUAGUUAAAGGAGACCCUUCUAAACAGUCCGAGACACCCAAGGUGGCCCAUGCCUCUCAAUUUCAUCAACACACUGCUCCUAACCUUAACAUUAGUGACAGUUCCCUCAAGUUUACUCACAUCCUCUACAAUCUCUCCCCUGCUGAGCUGUAUGAGCAAGCAAUCCAGUAUGAAAAAGGCUCAUUCAUCACUUCAAGUGGUGCUUUGGCCACACUUUCUGGUGCCAAAACUGGCCGCUCUCCAAGAGAUAAACGCGUUGUUAAGGAUGACACCACAUCUGAUGAACUUUGGUGGGGAAAGGGAUCACCCAAUAUUGAGAUGGACGAACAGACUUUCUUAGUCAACAGAGAAAGAGCCGUUGAUUAUCUUUGCUCACUGGAGAAGGUUUUCGUGAAUGAUCAGUUUCUCAACUGGGAUCCAAACAAUCGUAUCAAAGUUAGAAUUGUAUCUGCCAGAGCCUAUCACUCCUUGUUCAUGCACAACAUGUGUAUCCGACCCACGCCUGAAGAGCUGGAGAAUUUUGGUACUCCGGAUUUCACGAUAUACAAUGCUGGGAAAUUCCCGUGUAACCGUUACACUCAUUAUAUGACUUCUUCCACUAGCAUAGACCUUAAUCUUGCUAGGAGAGAAAUGGUCAUCCUUGGCACACAGUAUGCAGGGGAAAUGAAGAAAGGCCUCUUCAGUGUAAUGCACUAUUUAAUGCCUAAACGUCAAAUUCUCUCUUUACACUCUGGCUGCAAUAUGGGAAAAGAAGGAGAUGUCGCCCUCUUCUUCGGAUUAUCAGGAACCGGGAAGACUACGUUGUCUACGGAUCAUAAUAGGUACCUAAUUGGAGAUGAUGAACAUUGUUGGAGUGAUCAUGGUGUUUCGAAUAUUGAGGGUGGUUGUUAUGCCAAAUGCAUUGAUUUGUCAAGGGAGAAAGAGCCUGACAUUUGGAAUGCCAUCAAGUUUGGCACUGUGUUGGAAAAUGUGGUUUUUGAAGAACAUACUCGAGAGGUAGACUACACGGAUAAAUCUGUAACAGAGAAUACCAGGGCAGCAUAUCCAAUUGAAUACAUCCCAAAUGCUAAAAUACCAUGUGUUGGACCUCAUCCUAAAAAUGUCAUUCUUCUUGCUUGUGAUGCCUUUGGUGUACUUCCUCCAGUCAGCAAGUUGAACUUGGCUCAGACAAUGUACCACUUUAUUAGUGGCUAUACAGCUUUGGUGGCAGGAACAGAGGAUGGAAUUAAGGAGCCUACAGCAACAUUUUCAGCAUGCUUUGGUGCAGCAUUUAUUAUGCUUCACCCUACAAAAUAUGCAGCUAUGCUAGCUGAAAAAAUGCAGAAACAAGGAGCUACUGGGUGGCUUGUCAACACUGGCUGGUCAGGUGGAAGCUAUGGAUCAGGUAACCGUAUUAAGUUAGCAUACACUAGGAAAAUCAUCGAUGCGAUCCACUCAGGAGAACUUUUGAAUGCAAAAUACACAAAAACUGAGGUGUUUGGGCUGGAAAUCCCAACUGAACUUGAGGGAGUUCCUUCAGAAAUUCUGGAUCCAGUGAACACUUGGCCUGACAAGGAUGCCUACAAGGAAACUCUUUUGAAGCUGGGAGGUUUAUUUAGGAAGAACUUUGAGGUGUUCGCAAACUACAAGAUUGGAGCUGAUAACAAUUUGACUGAGGAGAUACUGGCUGCAGGUCCCAAUUUCUGAUAUUGAAGAAUUAUUAGCUGAGUCAAAGUUAGGGGAAAUAAAAAUAUUGUGUUUUUGCAAAGAGGCACAAGUAGCUAGAAAACAUGUGUUAUUAUUAAUGUGCUACAUUUUAGAUGUAGCUAGUUAACAGAGUUGUUUUCAUUCAUACCCAACUUGUCUUCUUUCUUUUUCCUUCUAUUUUUUCUUUCUUUUUUCUUCUUGUGGUAGUGUUUGUUUUCUGGUGUAGUGAUGGGGAAGUUAUAAAUCUAACUUCAUUCACUAGUGGUGUAAUCUCCUUGGUUUAUAAAGAAGGCUUUAUGAACCCAAUUAUUUGUCCCU